CUCGGCUGGGUGGGGAAUGGUCGCCUAGCAGCUGCUGCCGCAGCCGCCGUCGCGGUGGCUUGCUGGGAACUCGUUGGCGGGAUCCAGGGUCCGGUUGGAACGGCGCUGGGGAGCCGUCAAGCGUAGCUGCGGGGCCGGGGGUGGAAGCGGUGGAUAAGAAGCCUCCGCCGUUUGCAAGGCUUGGUGGGUGGAUGCUGCCUCACCCCCCAGUUCCCGAUUCUCCGAAUCAGGCGUCAGUUACAGCUUUCCAAGCAUCCCGGCGCUUGGCACCUUUAGAUGUUCGCGUGCGCUUUGGUGGUAAAGAGCGUGGAGAAGAAGGUAAAGCAUUGUUAAACAAUUCAAGAUGCCACCUAAUAUAAACUGGAAAGAAAUAAUAAAAGUUGACCCAGAUGACCUUCCUCGUCAAGAAGAAUUGGCAGAUAAUUUAUUGUUUUCCUUAUCCAAGGUGGAAGUAAAUGAGCUGAAAAAUGAAAGUCAAGAAAAUGUGAUACACCUUUUCAGAAUUACUCAGUCAUUAAUGAAGAUGAAAGCUCAAGAAGUAGAGCUAGCUUUGGAAGAAGUUGAUAAAGCUGGAGAAGAACAAGCAAAAUUUGAAAAUCAAUUAAAAACUAAAGUAAUGAAACUGGAAAAUGAACUGGAGAUGGCACUGCAGUCUACAGGUGGACGUGACACCCGGUUUUUACGCGAUGAAAUUCGCCAACUUGAAAAGCAACUGGAACAAAAAGAUAGAGAAUUGGAGGACAUGGAAAAAGAGCUGGAGAAAGAGAAGAAAGUUAACGAACAAUUGGCUCUUCGAAAUGAAGAAGCAGAAAAUGAAAACAGCAAAUUAAGAAGAGAGAAUGAACAACUUCGUCAAGAUGUUACUGACUAUCAGAAACAAAUAGAUUCACAAAAAGAAACUCUUUUAUCAAGAAGAGGAGAAGACAGUGACUAUCGAUCACAGUUGUCUAAAAAAAACUAUGAACUUGUUCAAUAUCUGGAUGAAAUUCAGACUUUAACAGAAGCUAAUGAAAAAAUUGAAGUUCAGAACCAAGAAAUGAGAAAAAAUCUAGAAGAAUCUGUACAGGAAAUGGAGAAGAUGACUGAUGAAUAUAAUAGAAUGAAAGCUAUUGUGCAUCAGACAGAUACUUUAAUGGACCAAUUAAAAAAAGAAAAUGAUCAUUAUCGGCUUCAAGUGAAGGAGCUUACAGAUCUUCUAAGAGCAAAAAAUGAAGAAGAUGAUCCCAUCAUGGUAGCUGUCAAUGCAAAAGUAGAAGAAUGGAAGUUAAUUUUGUCUUCUAAAGAUGAUGAAAUUAUUGAAUAUCAGCAAAUGUUACAUAACCUGAGGGAGAAACUGAAAAAUGCCCAGCUUGAUGCUGAUAAAAGUAAUGUUAUGGCUCUGCAACAGGGGAUACAAGAACGAGAUAGUCAUAUUAAAAUGCUUACUGAGCAAGUAGAACAAUACACAAAAGAAAUGGAAAAAAGUACUUUUAUUAUUGAAGAUUUGAAAAAUGAGCUCCAAAGAAACAAAGGAGCUUCAACACUUUCUCAACAGACCCAUUAUAUGAAAAUUCAGUCUAAAGUUCAAAUUUUAGAAGAGAAAACUAGAGAGGCGGAGAGAACAGCUGAACUGGCUGAGGCUGAUGCUAGGGAAAAGGAUAAAGAACUAGUGGAGACUCUGAAGCGAUUAAAAGAUUAUGAAUCGGGAGUAUACGGUUUAGAAGAUGCUGUUAUUGAAAUAAAGAAUUGUAAAAACCAAAUUAAAAUAAGAGAUCAAGAGAUUGAAGUAUUGACAAAGGAAAUCAAUAAACUUGAGAUGAAGAUCAAUGACUUCCUCGAUGAAAAUGAGGCACUUCGAGAGCGUGUGGGCCUUGAACCGAAGACAAUGAUUGAUUUAACUGAAUUUAGAAAUAGAAAAAAUUUAAAACAGCAACAAUACAGAGCCGAAAACCAGAUUCUUUUGAAAGAGAUUGAAAGUUUAGAGGAAGAACGACUUGAUCUGAAAAAAAAAAUUCGCCAAAUGGCUCAAGAAAAAGGAAAAAGAACUGCAACUUCAGGACUAAAAGUUGAGGACCUGAACCUAACAGAAAACUUUUCUCAAGCAAGUAGAAUGGGAGAAAGAAAAUUUGAUAUCACAGGCCUUGAAAAUAUCAGUGCAGCACAUUCAAAGAUUAGGAGUUCAGAUAAAAUAGAGCUGCUGCAUAGGAGAGCAUCACUCAGUAUCCCAAAAGCAUAUCAGAAAGAGUCAGAAGAGGAUAUGACGGUAGGAUCGUUACCAAGAAUGCUAUCUGAAGUUCAUCAUAGUGUAGCAAAUGAAGUGGAACCUUUUGUCUCUUUAACUGGACAUUCUUCAUCUACACAAGUGAAAGACAAUACACUUCCAGAAGCUAUUACAAUAAGGGAGAUUUUUAAAGCACCAUGUCUACAAUCUUUAGGAAAUCUAGAAUCGUUAGUCAAUACCUUUAGUAGCGAGAGUCAUGAAGAAGUAAAUGAACUCCUAUACUCUCUUUCUGACGACUCUAUGAAGAAAGUGUUAAGAAUCCAUCACGCACCUGAGAAGACAAGUUUCACACUAAAAAGCACUUCAUCUUUACGAGCUUUAUCAACAGCGUCAGACUUAAUGAAGAAGUUAUCACUUAGACAAAAAUCUGCAAUAUUUUGUCCACGAAUUCAUGAUGAUAAAGCUGACAUGGAUAAAUCACAAGUAGUAACAUCAGAAGAUGAACAGGUUCAUACCCAUGUAAAAUAUGCUGAUAGCAGUUUGAAAGAAGAUACAAGAAAAAGUGAAAUACCCUUACAGGCAGAGAUUUUGAAAAGUAGACUUGAAGUUAAUCUUCCAGAACCUGUAUCUAUUACUGCACAAUCAAAAUUUUCUCAGAUAGAUCCACUUGAAAAUGUUAUAGAACAUAUGUGGAGAGAACUAGUAUUUCUUAGAUCUCAGAGUGAAUUUCUUUCAAGAGAACUAAUUGAAAAAGAAAGAGAUUUAGAAAAAAGUAAAACAAUAAUAGCCAAAUUUCAGAAAAAACUAAAAGAAUUGGUUGAAGAAAACAAACAACUUGAAGAAGGUAUGAAAGAAAUACUGCAAGCUAUUCAGGAAAUGCAGAAAGAGCCUGAUGAUAAAGGAGGAGAAACAUCUCUAAUUAUUCCUAGCCUUGAAAGACUAGUUAAUGCUAUAGAAUCAAAGAAUGCAGAAGGAAUCUUUGAUGCCAAUCUCCAUUUGAAAGCUCAAGUUGAUCAACUUACUGGAAGGAAUGAAGAAUUAAGGCAGGAGCUCAGGGAAACUCGGAAUGAGGUUAUCAGUUAUUCUCAGCAGCUGGCAAAAGCAAAUCUAAAGAUAGAUCAUCUUGAAAAUGAAAUCAGCCUUUUACGGCAAUCAGAAGGAUCAAAUGUUGUUUUUAAAGGGAUAGACUUGCCUGAUGGGAUAGCACCAUCUAGUGCCAAUAUUAUUAAUUCUCUGAAUGAAUAUUUAAUACAUAUUUUACAGGAACUAGAAUAUAAAGAAAAUAAGUUAAAGGAUUUAGAAGGUUCUCUUGAAGACUAUAACAGAAAAUUUGCAGUAAUUCGUCAUCAACAAAGCUUAUUAUAUAAAGAAUAUCUAAGUGAAAAGGAGACCUGGAAAACAGAAUCUGAAACAAUGAAAGAGGAAAAGAAAAAACUUGAAAGUCAAAUUCAACAAGAUACUAUAAAAGUAAAAGAAUAUAAUAAUUUGCUCAGUACUCUUCAGAUGGAUUCAGAUGAAAUGAAAAAAACACUUUCAGAAAAUAGUAGAAAAAUCACCGUCUUGCAAGUGAAUGAAAAAUCACUCGUAAGACAAUACACUACUUUAGUAGAAAUGGAGCGCCAACUUAGAAAAGAAAAUGAGAAACAGAAGAAUGACUUGAUAUCAAUGGAAGCUGAAGUUGGUGAAAAAAUUGGACGUUUACAACGAUUUAAGGAGAUGGCCAUUUUCAAGAUUGCAGCUCUCCAAAAAGUUAUGGAUAAUAGUGUUUCUCUGUCUGAACUAGAAUUGGCCAAUAAACAAUACAAUGAACUGACUGUUAAGUACAGGGACAUCUUGCAAAAAGAUAAUGUGCUUGUUCAAAGAACAAAUAACUUGGAACAUCUGGAGUGUGAAAAUGCAUCUCUAAAAGAACAAAUAGAGUCUACAAAUAAAGAACUAGAGAUUACCAAGGAAAAACUUCACACUAUUGAACAAGCCUGGGAACAGGAAACUAAAUUAGGAAAUGAAUCUAAUAUGGAUAAGGCCAAGAAAUCAAUAACCAACACUGAGAUUGCUUCUAUUUCAAAAAAAAUCACUAUGCUGGAGAUGAAGGAAUUAAAUGAACGGCAGCGGGCUGAACAUUCCCAAAAGAUGUAUGAACACAUAAGGACUUCAUUAAAACAAAUGGAAGAACGUAAUUUUGAAUUGGAAACCAAAUUCGCUGAGCUUACCAAAAUCAACUUGGAAGCACAGAAGGUAGAACAGAUUUUAAGAGAUGAAUUAGCUGAUAGUGUGAGCAAGACAGUAAGUGAUGCUGAUAGACAACGGAUUCUAGAAUUAGAGAAGAAUGAAAUGGAACUAAAAGUUGAAGUGUCAAAACUGCGAGAGAUUUCUGACAUUGCCAAAAGGCAAGUUGAAAUUUUGAAUGCACAGCAACAGUCCAGGGAUAAAGAAGUCGAGUCCAUCAGGAUGCAGCUGUUAGACUAUCAGGCACAGUCGGAUGAAAAGGCACUAAUUGCCAAGUUGCACCAACACAUCGUCUCUCUUCAAAUUAGUGAGGUUACUGCUCUUGGUAAGUUGGAGUCUCUUACAUCGAAACUGCAGAAGAUGGAGGCCUGUAAUUUGCGCUUAGAACAGAAACUGGAUGAAAAGGAACAGGCUCUCUAUUAUGCCCGCUUGGAGGGGAGAAACAGAGCAAAACAUCUGCGCCAAACAAUUCAGUCUCUGCGACGCCAGUUUAGUGGAGCUUUGCCCUUGGCACAGCAGGAAAAGUUCUCUAAAACAAUGAUUCAGUUACAGAAUGACAAACUGAAGAUAAUGCAAGACAUGAAAAAUUCUCAACAAGAAUAUAGAAAUAUGGAAAACAAAAAAAUGGAGUUGGAAUUAAAGUUAAAGGGGCUAGAAGAAUUAAUAAGCACUUUAAAGGAUGCCAGGGGAGCCCAAAAGGUAAUCAAUUGGCAUAUGAAAAUAGAAGCACUCCGUCUUCAAGAGCUUAAACUAAAUCGAGAAUUAGUUAAAGAUAAAGAAGAAAUAAAAUAUUUGAAUAAUAUAAUUUUUGAAUAUGAGCAUACAAUCAGCAGCCUGGAGGAAGAAAUUGUACAGCAGAACAAGUUUCAUGAAGAAAGGCAAAUGGCCUGGGAUCAAAGAGAAGUUGAGCUAGAACGUCAGCUCGACAUUUUUGACCGUCAGCAAAAUGAAAUACUAAGUGCAGCACAAAAGUUUGAAGAGGUUCCAGGAUCAAUGCCAGACCCAAGUUUGCCCCUUCCAAAUCAACUUGAGAUUGCUCUAAGAAAAAUUAAGGAGAAUGUUCGAAUAAUUCUAGAAACACGGGCAACUUGCAAAUCACUAGAAGAGAAGCUAAAAGAAAAAGAAUCUGCUUUACAGUUAGCAGAACAAAAUAUUCUGUCAAGAGACAAAGUAAUCAAUGAACUGAGGCUUCAUUUACCUGCCACUGCAGAACGAGAAAAGCUUAUAGCUGAACUAGGCAGAAAAGUAGUGGAACCACAGUCACAUCACACAUUGAAAAUUGCUCAGCAGACGAUUGCCAACAUGCAAGCAAGGUUAAAUCAAAAGGAAGAAGUGUUAAAGAAGUAUCAGCAUCUUCUGGAAAAGGCCAGAGAGGAGCAAAGAGAAAUUGUUAAGAAACAUGAAGAAGACCUUCAGAUUCUUCAUCAUAAAUUAGAACUACAGGCUGAUAGUUCACUCAAUAAAUUCAAGCAGACAGCCUGGGACUUACUAAAACAGCCUCCUACACCAGUUCCUACUAACAAGCAUUUCAUUCGUCUUGCUGAGAUGGAACAGACAGUAGCAGAACAAGAUGACUCUCUCUCCUCACUUUUGAUCAAAUUGAAAAAAGUGUCUCAAGAUUUAGAGAGACAAAAAGAAAUCACUGAAUUAAAAAUCAAGGAAUUUGAAAAUACCAAAUUACGGCUCCAAGAAAACCAUGAAGAUGAAAUUAAAAAAGUGAAAGCAGAAAUAGAGGACUUAAGGUGCCUUCUGGCCCAGUCACGAAAUGAGUCACAGAGUUUAAAAUCUGAACUUCAGGCUCAGAAAGAAGCAAAUUCAAGAGCUCCAACAACAACAAUGAAAAACCUAGUGGAAAGGUUAAAGAGCCAGUUAGCCCUUAAAGAGAAACAACAGAAAGCACUUAGUCGAGCACUUUUGGAACUCCGGGCAGAAAUGACAGCAGCAGCUGAAGAACGUAUUAUUUCUGCAACUUCUCAGAAAGAGGCGGAUCUCAAUAUUCAACAGAUUGUUGAUCGACACACUAAAGAGCUAAGGUCACAAAUUGAAGAUUUAAAUGAAAACCUUUUAAAGUUGAAAGAAGCUCUUAAAACAAGUAAAAACAGAGAAAAUUCACUAACUGAUAAUUUGAGUGACUUAACUAAUGAACUACAAAAAACACAAAAAGCAUAUAAUAAAAUGCUCAGAGAGAAAGGUGGGCUUGAUCAAGAGAAUGAUGAACUGAAAAGGCAAAUAAAAAGACUAACCAGUGGAUUACAGGGCAAAACUCUGAUUGAUAAUAAACAAAGUUUAAUUGAAGAACUCCAAAAGAAAAUUAAAAAGCUAGAAAGCCAACUAGAAAGAAAAGCGGAUGAGGUAGAAAUGAAGCCUGUGAAAGAAAAGAGUGCUAGAGAAGAAUUAAUUAGGUGGGAAGAAGGUAAAAAAUGGCAAAGCAAAAUAGAAGGAAUUCGAAACAAGUUAAAAGAGAAAGAGGGAGAAAUCUUUAUUCUAACAAAGCAAUUGAAUACUUUGAAGGAUCUUUUUGCCAAAGCCGAUAAAGAGAAACUUACUUUGCAGAGGAAACUAAAAACAACUGGCAUGACUGUUAAUCAGGUUAUGGGAGUGCGAGCUUUGGAGUCUGAAAAAGAGUUGGAAGAAUUAAAAAAGAGAAAUCUUGACUUAGAAAAUGACAUAUCAUAUAUAAGGACCCACCAAGCUCUUCCUCGAGAUUCUGUUAUAGAAGAUUUACGUUUACAAAAUAGAUACCUCCAAGAAAAACUUCAUGCUUUAGAAAAACAGUCUUCAAAGGAUACCUAUUCCAGAGUUUCAACUUCAGAAAUAGAGUCCGAUGAUCAUUGGCAAAGAGAACAGGAGCUUCAGAGGGAAAACUUAAAGUUGUCAUCUGAAAAUAUUGAACUAAAAUUUCAGCUUGAACAAGCAAAUAAAGAUUUGCCAAGAUUGAAGAAUCAAGUAAGAGAUUUGAAGGAAAUGUGUGAGUUUCUUAAAAAAGAAAAAGCAGAACUUGAGCGGAAGCUUGGCCAUGUUAGAGGGUCUGGUAGAAGUGGAAAGACAAUCCCAGAACUAGAGAAAACCAUUGGUUUAAUGAAAAAAGUAGUUGAAAAAGUCCAAAGAGAAAAUGAACAGUUGAAAAAAGCAUCAGGAAUACUGACCAGUGAAAAAAUGGCUAAUCUUGAGCUGGAAAAUGAAAAGUUGAAGGCUGAAUUAGAAAAACUUAAAGUACAUCUUGGACGACAGUUGAGCAUGCACUAUGAAUCCAAGACCAAAGGCACAGAGAAGAUUGUUGCUGAAAAUGAACGGCUUCGUAAAGAACUUAAAAAAGAAACUGAAGCUGCAGAGAAGUUGCGGAUAGCUAAGAAUAAUUUAGAGAUAUUAAAUGAGAAGAUGACAGUUCAGCUAGAAGAGACUGGUAAGAGAUUACAGCUGGCAGAAAGUAGAGGCCCACAGCUUGAAGGUGCUGACAGCAAGAGCUGGAAAUCAAUUGUUGUUACAAGAAUGUAUGAAACCAAAUUGAAAGAAUUGGAAACUGAUAUUGCCAAAAAAACCCAAAGCCUUACUGAUCUUAAACAACUUGUAAGACAAGCAACAGAGAGGGAACAAAAAAUUAAGAAAUACACUGAAGGCCUUGAGCAACAGAUUGAGAUUCUGAAACACGUCCCUGAGGGUGUUGAGACAGAGCCGGGCCUUCAACGGGAGCUUCAGGUUCUUAGAUUAGCUAAUAAUCAGCUGGAAAAAGAAAAAGCAGAAUUAAUCCAUCAGAUAGAAACACAGAAAGACCAAAGUGGAGCUGAGAGCACCAUGCAUGAUCCUGAUCAACUACAGGAAAAAUUAAAAGAUCUAGAGACACAGCUUAAAACCUCAGACCUAGAAAAGCAGCAUUUGAAGGAGGAAAUAAAAAAGCUGAAGAAAGAACUACAAAAUUUUGAUCCUUCAUUUUUUGAAGAAAUUGAAGAUCUGAAGUAUAAUUACAAAGAAGAAGUAAAGAAAAAUAUUCUUUUAGAAGAGAAGUUAAAAAAACUUUCUGAGCAAUCUGGAAUUCAACUGACUAGUCCUACUGCUGCUUCCGAACAGCUGGAAGACGAAGAAGAGGAAAGUCCUGUUAAUUUCCCCCUUUAUUAAGG